AUGAGCGCGAUGAAAAACCUCUCCCAAGGACUGAGCGAUCACUACUUUGAGAGUGUCAACAGAAGAUUUUACGAAACGCAUAAUGAGAUUGACAAGCCGAUUGGGCACGGCGCCUUUGGAAUCGUCUGGGCCGUGACUGAUCCACGAACAAAUGUCCGAGUCGCGCUGAAGAAAAUGCCACACGUCUUUCAAAACCUCGUCACUGCCAAGAGAGUUUUCCGAGAGUUGCGGAUGCUCUGUUCCUUUCGCCAUGAAAACGUACUCGCUGCUCGCGAUGUUCUUCUACCCUGCUCCGUGGAAGCUUUCGAUGAGUUGUACGUUCUCACGCCACUUAUGCAGUCCGACCUCCACAAAAUCAUCGUCUCUGGACAGGCGUUGACCGCCGAGCACGCUAAAAUCUUCACAUAUCAAAUUCUACGCGGGCUCAAGUACCUCCAUGCCGCGGAUAUUUUGCAUCGCGAUUUGAAGCCGGGAAAUCUUUUGGUGAAUGGAAACUGCUUGCUGAAAAUCUGCGAUUUCGGUCUGGCGCGGGCGAAGGAACAUAAUCCCAAUGUGACGAUGACGACAGAGGUGGUGACACAAUAUUACAGGUGUCCGGAGUUGCUGAUGGGCGUGGAUCAUUAUGGCGAGGAAGUGGACAUGUGGUCGGUUGGGUGCAUUAUUUUGGAGCUUCUCACGCGCAGAAUUGCCUUCCAGGCAAACACACUUCCCGAGCAGUUAAAACUAAUGGUAAACACAAUCGGCUCUCCAACAAUUAACGCCCUUUCUGGACUCGACAGUGCAAAACGCUACGUAACUUCGAUGAAAAGAUCAGAAAACAAAAUCCUCCGUAUUCUCCAGACGCAAAGUUGUCUUGAGCCCCACGACAUCUCGGCCGUGGAGUUGGUUGAUCGCCUGCUCUGCUGGAACCGCCACGAGCGUAUCUCGGCCAAAGAAGCGCUCAGAAGCCCGUUUAUCGACGAAGGACGAGUUCGAUUCCACUCAUGUAUGUGUACGUGCUGCUCGUCGAGCCUGGCCGGCUACAGACAAUACUGUCGGGAUACAGAGCCAGUGCCCGCGCAAGUGUUCUCCGAUCAAUUUGAGCUGCGCCUUCCAAGCUUACACGUAGCCAAAGAAACGAUGUAUCAAUUUAUCCGCUCACAGCCCUGCGGCCCUCAACAGCCACUGUGCAUCAAUCCCCGUUCACCCUCCUUCCGUGCGUUUUUGCAAUCGACAGUCGCUCAACCAAACGAAGACCCAGUUUCUCCCACAAGAUGGGAAUGA